UUGUUUUCAAUGUGGGAUCCGAUUGGACUGCAGCAGAAAUUGUGUAUUUUACGCCGUUUUUCAUCAUUUAUUGUGCAUCAAACCGCAAUUUUCCGCUCAAUCUCGAUGCCGUGCGUCACAUACCGACGAAAGUUAUCGAUUUUUUGUCUUACCAUGGUUGGUAGCCCGCGCGUUCCGUGAAUUGCUUUGUGAGCUUUUGUGUUGUUGUGAUUAGUGGCAACUGGUUUGUUUUGUUUUUCUACGCGAUUACGCAGAAAAUAAGCUCGUCAUUGGAAGACGACCCAGAACAAGACGGCGGAAAAGCGGUGUGCUGUGAACGGGUUAAGAAAUAAUACAAAAAAACAUUAAGGAAAUUUACCCACGAUGGCAUCGCAAGGUAGCUUGCAAGAUCGCAAUAGUCUUGAGAAGUACAUUCGCCAGUUGGCGAUGAAGGCCGCACAGAUCAUUGUGCAAUCACGGUUGGGAGAGAAAAUCGCCACGGAAAGUAAUCCUAACUCCACGUCAUCCGAUUGGUUCAACAUCUCCAUAACUGAUCAGCAAUCCAUCCUUGAUGUUUUGGUUGAGACGAAGAAAAUCCUACAAGAUGGUGGCCCACAUGAAUCGAUCAUCACGCGACUGCCACUGUGCGUAGAAAUUUCUCUACAUACCGCCGAAGGUGGUAGUAUGAUAUUGGAGUUUUGGACGCUAAGCAUCAGAACGGACCAAACGAACGCACCUCAGCGAGCCAACCAGGUGAUCUACAAUCGUAUGAGUUUACUGCUAAAGUCACUGCUAUCGGUCACACGAGUAACACCAGCCUAUCGAGUUUCGCGUAUGAAACGCACGGAUUCGUACGACAUCUACUACCGGAUCUAUAAAGGCGAGCCCCAAACUAAUCUACUGGGGGAUGGUUACAACCAGGUUCGCGUCGGACAGUUGUGCACACAAAUCGGAACGCUAAACAUGGCAGUGGCCUACCGGACGAAGAUUACGUUCUCACCAACGCAAACCGGACGCGACAACACGAUCAUGAUGAAGAGCGAUCACUUCCUGAAGGAUAUCAGCCCAAAGCACGUACGCUACAACUACAACAAGAAAGUGGAGAAAAAGGUUAUCGAUUUGGACAAACCGAUGCGCUGCGGUGCCUUCGUAGAUGCUUCACGCGUUAAAAAGCACACCGAGGAAGAUUACACACUGCCCGAAACGCCACCGUUCAGUUGGCUGCUACCGAAACCACGCGACGAAAGCACAUACCGGGACUGUGGCGGCGAAGACCGGGUGUCCCUCCACUCGCCUACCAACGUGGACGAGAACUGCUCCAACAACGCGAACAAUCUCAACAACAACACCAGCAAAGGAUCGUACGAAUCCAACAGUGCCGCCGGUCCGAUGCAUUUCCGGUUGUCACAGUCGCCAAAGAGCGGACCCGAAUCGAUCGGCGGUGGUGCAAUGCCAGUGCCGGGUGCGACCGUAGCAAUCCCCGCCACCGGUGGAACAUCACCCCCGAGCUCGCUGGGUGCUGGUGGUGAGUUCCGGCGCUCCUCACGAUGGUCGAUUCGGCGCGAACCGUCCGAGAACGAUCGGAUGCUGAAGGAGCUACAGUUUGCGUUUGCCGAAACGACGGCCCAGGGUGAGCUGGCGAAGUUUUUGCGCGAGUGUUCCAAUGCGCCGACGUUGCAAGAGUUCGACAUGAUGCGUUCGAGCGGCGCGGACACGAUUACGGAGGAAGAAAAUAUGGACGGUAGCAGGAUACUGACGGAAGCCGAUACGUGCCCGGACAGUGGAGAGGAAGAUGAUGAACUAAAUGACCUCACCCGCCAGCUGGAACAGUUUGAAACAUCCCUGCCAGAGUAUGAAUAUCUAGUGUCCUCCCUAUGUCAGUCGAUCGACAGUAAUUCGAAUAGCUAAGCGGUAACAGCAGCGGCGAUGUGUUCUACACCGGAGCUUACAGCGGGUGAAGAAGAAUCAUGUUGCGGGAGCAUGCCGGGAUUAUUAUUAAUUUUAACGAGAGAAUCAACUGUCGACUGAUAUUUUUUGAUGAUAUUCAUCUUCACACAUACACAACACAACACACAGGCUGCAUACAGGAACCAGGAGCACACAUGAAGAAAGCGAGAGAGGUGGACAUUCGCUUCUCGCUACAGUUCAAGGAGUCACAGGAACACUAAACACACAAACUAAUGCAUUAUGCGGUACCACACGUGUACGGUAAAGAUGAAAUGAAGCGCAAGAAUUCGGCAGAGGAAUAAGGAUUGGUAGCAGACGGCCAAAGAAAGGCAUGGUGAAGUCACUGGGGUUUCUAUUACAGAUACACACACAUUCAUACACACUGACGUACAGCAAAUGCAAAUGCGACGGUGAUAUGCGUGUGAUUAGUGAAGAGCGCAAUCGGAAAGCCAUGUGUAAAAUGUGUUGCGAAAUAUGUUUCCUUGCCUUAGCCAUGUAACGAAGCAAAAUCUAUAGCUUAGGCUCUCGCGUAGGCGCGUGUAUGUCUGUAAAAUCUAUAAUCGAUACAUCGAUGAAUCAAAGUUCCUUAGCGUGCGAGACUAAAAGGGGUCGGAUCGUGCUAGUGCGUAAGCGUAGUGGAAGUAAGUUCGAUUCCCCGAGAUCUAAAACAAAAAGGAUAUUACAUUCAUUUGACACGAUUAUUGUUUAUCCUAUAUGAUGAAGCAAAAUUAUCUAACUAUCCGCCAUAUACACGCGCGGCAAAGGAAAGCUUUCCGCCUGUUUCGCAUAUCGGGUGCGUUUUGCACUCUUUUUUUAAAAUAUUUGUAAUUGAAUUGGCUUUAAACCUUUUUUCUCUCCUUUUUUUCUUCAUUUCGUUUGCUUUAAGCGCGAUAGGGUAGCUAGUAGAAGAAAUACGGUAAGAAAGAUUGUUAAAACGAAAGCUUACGGUUUACGUUCUUUAUGGAAAUGUUUUUACUCGCCCAAAACGCAACCUCCAGCUUGUGUAAAUAGUACAAAAUCACGAUCGUUUAUCUUAUUACAUAUUAUAUUGUAUCACCUUAAACUCAUUUGUAUAUAGCAGUGCAUAAAGCUUGCUCAUUUGUCACACUUUCGAUGUUAGGAUGGGGUUUCGAUCAAAUUGAGGGCAUGCAGGAAAAUGUUUACCAUAUCGAACGUAAACCGACACUUUGGGCGCAAUGACAUUAAGACAAAACUAUUGUAUGAAAUCACUAAUCAAAAUCAUCGUUAAAGCCAGAUACCAGAAACCAUCGAGGCCGUGCGAACGUGUUUUGCAAGGCCCCGACGUCUCCUAUUGUUAUUCACGGUUUUUAUCCUUUUGUCAGAUUAUAUUCAAUUUAGAGCGGGGAAGUUUAGUAGUGGGCAAUGUAUAAAACCGUUGCAUAAAUCAAGCGACUUAGAGAGGGAUAAUGCAGUUUAAAUAUAAGCUUAUGGAAGACUAUGCUUUAGCCUUAGCCUUUUUUUGUUUUUUAUUCUUGCUAUACUAUCUUAUCCUUAUCAACAUUUACUUACUGCACUAAAUUAGAGGAUUAAGAUAUGCGUUCGCGAGGGAAACCUGCCCCCGAUAUGGAGGAGGAGGAACCUUAUUUCUUUAGCAUGACCACGUAGAAUGGAUUGAUUGUUACCUUCGUUUUUAUUUUUUCCCAUUGCAAACAAUAUGUCGAUUUAAAUGGCCAAACAUUAUGGAUAAGUACACGCGGGCUAGUGUUAGUAUGUAUUCACUGAUCAAAAAUGUUGCUUGGUAUUGUUUCUAUCGCAAA